AGCUGGCACACCGAGACAGUGGUAUGGCUUCCUUACCUUUGCUCUUGGUUACCUGAAUACGCAUCUAACGUCUUCUGCAGGUUCUGUCCCUCUCAGCUCGUGUCUGUCUUCCAGUAUGGCUCGGUUCAUGUUGGGUGAAGCUGCUCUCCGUGGCUGGUGCUGGUGGUUCGGUUCACAUGCUCCACGGGUAAGUCAAAUUCCUCAGUCUCUCUAUCCAACACAACUGACAAGAAGCUGAGGCUCUGGAAGUCUUGACCAAUCAGGUGAAGCACCCUGCUGGACCUGAGUCGAAGGUGUUGAUGCCGCCACCGUCUCCUUCACCAUGGGUUGCUUCUCUAUGAUUAUUCGUCAUUACAGUACAAUCAACCAUGAGCGGGUGGGGCCCGCCAGAAAGCACAUGGGGGUGUGUCAGUGCGUGUGACAGCCGCUGGAAGGAGCAUCAAAAGGUGGUCAGAGCUUCCCAAGUCGCUGGUUCCCUCUGCCAAGUCUUGCACCUCCUCCUCCAAGCACCUGGAACCCCGCCAUGCCCGCCUCUUUUGCAGCAUCCAAGGUGGCUGUGCAAGCAAUCGACACUUCAACCCCUCUUACUGAACAAUCAAACUUCAAGUGACGAAUCCACUGAAGAGAGAGUGGAUGGGGGGCGAAAAAGGGGUCCGUCACUUAUCGUCGAGUCUCCCAUCAAACAAGGUGUCGUUGAGUGCAAGGACUGGGAACACCUUGAAAGUCAACAGUGGCCAAUGACGUCGCUCGCCGCCCAGAGGCCUCUCGGGCACGCACCAGCGCCAUCACCAAGCUAAAGCACGGCGCACCACCACCAACAGCUGCUUUAAGCGCCAUGCAAGCUGUUUCGACGCACCCACAAUCCAACCAUAUUCGCCCUCACUACACCCCCGGUCCUUGAAUAGACAGAACCCGGCUCGUCGUCACAAAGUCUCAGAGCACCAUCCGAAGUGCCACUCACCUUUUACCGUUCCUUGCGAUUCCUGCUCAGAGGUUUCCCUGCUGGCGAAUAGCUAUUGCAGUUCCCCUACACAGUCGUCACUUUGUCUGAUCGCUGGCGUCCACCUACCAACCAGACCUUUUAUCCUCUGGACCGCAACUCGCUUCAACAACUUCCCGAGCAGACGCUCUCUCCCACUUGCAAACCGAGCCCCUUAGACUCUCUGGACCCCGCGGUCUCUCACCAAAGUUCUCCACGACAUUUAGGCGCCAGUCGCAUCUCGAGACACCACCACCCAAGAGCAACCAUCUUGUACGAGGCCCGACCUGACGUAACCAAGACCUCAACUUUCUGCGCCUGUUUUGCGCACCCAUCUCCAUCAUGGCUUCGGGACACAACGACCCCAAGCUUCUGUACGCCAUCAAUGGCGUCCAAGCCUUCCACAUCUCCAAUGGCAAGGAGGAGUCGCUCACACCCGCCGGGCCCCAGACCUUGUCGCUGUUGAUGGUACCGACUUCUUCACCCUUCACCGACGCAGACUCCCCCGCCGAGGACUUCUACCUGCACCUCCAUCUACCUCCCGAGCUCGAUCUUCCUCUUCCUGCGACAACACAGAUCUACCACCAGCCGCCAACAAGCUACCUGAUUCCAAGGUGGGAUCUGGGCCCAGACAGUGGCGCCUUCACACGUAUCGAGUUCCCCGACACAGGUAGCCGGAAAGGACUGCAGGAGGACGUCGACACCUUCGAAACGAUCCUUGCGCAAUGCACCGCAUUCCUCGAGCGAGCCCCGCCGCCAAAGACCUCAUCCAAGUCGGCCAAAGCCGCCGCCGCGGCCUCCGCAUACCCCUAUGACGACCCCGUUACCGAUCGUCCCUCUGCCAAGUCCAGAGCUGCCGCCGCCGAUGGCCUCCCCGCCUACAACCCGGCCGACUACCAGCCCGGACAGGGCUAUGCUCCGGGAGCCCACAGCUCCCAGCACAAUGGCGGCCGGAUUGUCCUGAUUGACGAAGAAGACGGAAGUGUCAUUGGGGAGCUGACUGAGAACUACCAAGUUGUAGAGGAGCUGGGCGUCAAGCCUGGAACAAAAGGUAAGUUUGGCGGCACCUCGGCCGAGCUUGACUCACAUGGCAUGCUAGAUCCGGUGGAGAUUACACUCCCUGCCGACAACAGCCAAGCCAUUACCGUUCAGCCCGUGUCGCAGGAGUAUCGCGAGAUGAUUAUGCACCCAUCGUACAAGAAGUCGUUCUUGGUGUCGAAUGCUUCAAAAGCAUCUCGACUCAUUGUGACAUCGUCGGACUUGAUCACAAAGGGUUUGCAGUCCUCGGCCGACAACUUCACAAAGAAGACAAAGGCGACGACCGAACCCGUGACGUUUACUCCUGCCGCGCACGACCGUGUACGACGCAUCAACCAGUUUUCCACCAAGGCGGCUGGUCUGUCGGCGACCACGGUUGGUGCGGUGGGCAAAGUGGCCCAAAACCUGGGCGCCACCCUGGCUAGAAAGAAGGAUGGCAGUGGAAGAGGAUACGAUAAGGACGGCAACCCAAUUGAGGGUUACAAGCCUGGUCUGCUGAACAGGAGCUUGAUGGCGUUCAACACUGUUGCGGACGGCAUCGAUCAAGCAGGACGUAAUCUGUUGACUGGCACCUCGUCCAGUGUGUCACAGAUGGUUGAGCACCGUUGGGGUGCUGAAGCUGGCCAAGUAUCCAGGAACAUUGGCGGCGGCUUCAAGAACGUUGGGUUGGUGUACAUCGAUGUGACUGGUGUAUCCCGCAGAGCAAUCCUGAAGAGCGUAGCCAAGGGUAUGGUUGUCGGUAAGGUAAAGGGUGGUGGACAGAUCAUCGUCGGAGGCGGCGAUGGCGGAGCAGUGGGUUAUCUAGAAGACCAGAAAACUCGCAAAGACGACCAGAGCGAUACGGCCAGUAUGUACACGGCGUAUGAGGGCAAUGGCAAGCAGCCAGCUGGCAAGAGGCCGUGAGUGUGUAUUGAAGGAUAAUUGUUCUGAGUGAACUAGAUGGGACCCGUGGACGUUUAAGAGGUACUGAGUUCAGUGUGAAAGACUUGGAACGAAGGGAUGGAUGGUGGGUCACUAUGCAGUUUUGUCCAACCAGUGCGUAUUCAAUACGAAUAAACGAAACCUAGGUAGCCCAAUCAAAGAAACCACAAGCCACUAUUGGAGUCCGC